CUUUCGCCCGAAAAUCUAUUUAAGCAACAUGCAACGUUACAGUUUUAAAAUUUUUUUCGCCCGCCCCGCAGCAUCCGUUCGCAAUUAGAACAAAAAAGGUUACAUUUGAAAUCAUUAAAAAACGUGUCGAUUGGCUUCUGGUGAAAAACGACUCACGGUUUUUACCUAUAAUAUCCUUCACAACCCUGCCAGCAGCCGAGUGUUUUGUGCGCCGGAGCAAAGCUUCCUUGAAUUCCGUCGCUGCGAGUCGCGUCGAGAGCAUUACGGAUGCGAAUCCGAGUGGCGACAAAAGUGGGCAUCAAACGGAGCCAAAUUACGGUAGUGAAAAAAUUGUGGGGUGCUGCUGAGUUUUGUGCAAUUAUAGUUGACGAAUCAAAGGAUCUGAAGUGCGGCGACUGAAAAUUACGACCCAUCCAGUUUCGUCCUGUUCAGCGGAAACGAUGUGUAUGUGUGCGGGCUUUACAUAAUGGAACAAUUCAAAUGAAGGACACGGCGGCAGAAACUACAGCGCGAUGGCGCCCGUCACCCGCAGCAGCAGUGGCACUGGCACAAUAUUAAUCCUUGAGAGCAGCGCCGCCCGAUGAAGGAUUGCAGCAUGGCCCGCACAGGCACAUGCACAUUCGCAUUCGAGUUAACGUUCACAGGCACUGGCAGCAUAAAUAACGCAAGGACAUGGACGGCGCAACGAACGCGACGAGGACAAAGGCCCACGGCCUGUGACAGAAAUAAACGCCACCACCUACUCGCCCUCGCCAAAAGCUAACCGACUAAAACGCAAACCAAACCCAAACCCCCGCCCACUUACACACACACACACAGACACACACACCUCGAGUGAUAUUAUUUUUAAUGCAAUCAAAGUGCUAAGUGAGUUUGCCAAAAAGCAGAGAGAGACUACAAAACUAAAGCAAACCGAGAGUGAGAGUCGAAGUCGAAGUCGUCGCCAUCGCUGUCAUCGCCAGGUCUUAACCCAAUUUGGGAACUUUGUCCUUUGAGAGCGACCCGCAGACCCCAGAAAGGACGAGCAGGACGAAGCCGAGAAACCCAUAUGGACGACGGCAGGUGCAGCCCGGUUAGCCAGGUGAGCAGCCAGGAAAAGCCCUGCAAACUGUACCGCAAAAGGAGGCGACGCCAGUGAACCAACGAUCCACCACCCAAUACUCGCCUAAAUGAAGAAUGAAGAAACAAAAUGUGCGCACGAUAUCCUUGAUCGUGUGUACAUUUACCUACUUGCUUGUCGGCGCCGCCGUCUUUGACGCCCUCGAAUCGGAAACGGAAAAGCGUCGUUGGGAGGCGCUGCAAGAUGCCGAGGACAUGAUAAUACGCAAAUACAACAUCUCGCUGGAGGACUUCAAAGUAAUGGAGACUGUGGUGCUCAAAUCGGAAUCGCACAAGGCCGGCCAGCAGUGGAAAUUCACCGGUGCAUUUUAUUAUGCAACCACGGUGCUAACCACAAUAGGCUACGGACAUUCAACGCCCAGCACGGUGGGUGGAAAGCUCUUCACAAUGUGCUACGCCAUCGUGGGGAUUCCCCUGGGCCUCGUUAUGUUCCAGAGCAUCGGAGAAAGAGUGAAUAGACUGAGCAGCUAUGUUAUCAAGGCGGUCCGCUCCUCGCUGCGCUGCAAAAGGACCGUCGCCUCGGAAGUGGACCUUAUAUGUGUUGUGACCACACUCAGUUCGCUGACGAUAGCCGGCGGUGCUGCGGCCUUUUCGAAAUUUGAGGGCUGGAGCUACUUCGAUUCAGUAUAUUACUGUUUUAUUACUUUAACCACAAUAGGCUUUGGCGACAUGGUAGCCCUGCAGCGGGACAACGCACUGAACCGGAAGCCCGAAUACGUGAUGUUCGCACUGAUAUUUAUACUAUUCGGUCUGGCCAUCGUGGCCGCCUCGCUGAAUUUGUUAGUACUUAGGUUUGUUACAAUGAAUACCGAGGAUGAGCGACGCGACGAGGCCCAGGCCAUGCAGGCGCUGCAAGUGGCUGUGAAGCUGGAGGGCGAUGUGAUAACAUCCAAUGGAUCCAUUCUCAGCGGCUACGAGGGACACGAUGGCCAAUCUCUGAACGGAAGCACCAACUCGUCCAUGUGCUCGUGCCACUGCAUGUGUCUCAACGGAAACCGACACAAAAAAAGUAAAAGCUUGGGAAAGAACAACGAUGCAGAAAAUCAAUACAAAUUGAGGAGAUCGCCCACUCACAUCCGACACCUGCUGCCGGAGGUGGUGCCCAUGCAGGAUUUGAACUACGACUACGACACCCAGAGUCUGCACACUUUGGCCGAUCGCGGGACCAUGGACAGCAGCUAUAUGGGCGUGGACAUGGUGGACAUGGCGGAUACGGCGAGCAUCGAGCUGCGGCCGCAUACGUUGCUGAAGCGCAAUGUCUCACAGCUCUCCAUUCGCAUCUAGGAACUGGGGGAGGGAGGCUAUAUUAAAUAUUGGUGGAGGCUUAGCGGGUUGCAGGCACAACGAAGUGGCAGAACCGCCCUCGCCAAAAACGACUUACAAAUCGAAAGUGAUAACAAGGCUCUAAAUAGUACUUAAAUACUUAUAUAGAUUCGCUAACUGACACGUAGGACACGAUUGAGGUGGGCGUUUGGAUAAUGUGCCAUUUAUAUUAUUUACAAUGUGAACUAGUGCAUAGAUCUAUACAACACGUAGUGGGCAUGGUAGCGACUAAUCCUAUACGUUUACAUAUACACCACUUACAACUAGAGCACUAUACAAUUGAAUGUAAACCACUGCCAUUUCCGAGCGAUAGAACCUAGAAGCGAUGCGCAAGAUUAUGGAACGGCAACACUCACUUGUAGUCUUUCUAUUUUAACACUAACAUCCAGUCAUCAGAAGCCGUAAAUAUACAGAAUCCGAUGAACUCGAGCCAAAAUCAACCAUAGUAUUACUACGUUUAUACGCCAGACAUUUAAAAAAAAUAUUUAUUUAAAUUAAAUUAAAUCGUAAAUUCUGAUCCCAUUAUUCAAAUCUUCAAAUGGGUUUCGAAAUUCUGUUAUAGUUUAAAUCCAUGCAAAUUUAAAGUGAAGGGUUUUGAAUACUGUUUCAAGGAAAGGACUAUUUCCAAAAUAAAAUUAUUAUUUAAUUUUUUUAAGUCAAACAAAAUAAUUUAUUAUCUAUUUAAAUGGCAACUAUUUGUGCAUAUAAACGUAGAAUACCAUUCAAGAGCCAAAAUAUCGCAAUGAAGUGUCAAAUUAAUGCUGUAAAUAUUCUAUAGCCGAUAAAUGUUAGAUAACGUUUGAAAAAUCAAUUUUAUUCAGACUUAUUAUGAUUACGUACUGUUUGAAGACAAACUUGGUAUUAGUUUACGAUAACGGUGCGCAUGUAGUUAGUAGCCACAACUAAGGCCACAUCCUCGAUCUACCCAAGUGUCAAAUACUUAGCUAGAAGCCCAAACAUUUCAGUCAACGCCAGUGCUCAAGUGACUCCACGAUGUGCCAAAUAACACACGCUUGCGGACAGCAAACAAAUAUUAUUACUUAAAUAUUUGGACCGUUCGCGUGUUAUAUAGACAGACAUACCGUCUUAGAUCCCAAGACCUUCUCCUAUCGCAUUUAUGCAAAGAAUGCAUUUAGUUACAGUUGUAGAUAAUGUCGAACCGAAUUCCCCACACUUAGUAUAAGCAUUCCAUAGAUAUUGUUUUAUGGCAUUCGCAUUUAAAAUAGAAUUUUCGAUGAUCUGUUCUAGUUAGUCGAUGCAUUUUUCAACGCCGAUUAUUGCUCAUUCGAGACGUCAAACGCUUCAAAACAAAAAAUCUUUUUUGUCCUUAUGUGCUUUGUAUAUAAUAGUAUACCUAAUUAAUAAAAGUAAUUACUUUGAAAAACGAUAUAUUGUUAAAACCGAAACUUUGUCAGUUUAUAAAACUUAGUUAUGUAUUUCAUUUAACUUGACGAUUUUUAGAAUGCUAAUUAAUUUCCAAAUUUUAAAUAUUUAACUAUAACAUUUUAGACAAUGUGGUUAAAAUUACCAAUGGAUUUCUUUAAAUUCAAGAUUAAUAAUAAAUCAAAUGAAAUUGUAAUUUUAAUUCAGGCAAAUAAUGCAAAAUAGUGAAAAUAAGACUUUGUAAUAUACUUGUAUUCCGAAAUUACCACAAACAAAAAACAAUAAACUAAAUUUAUAUAUGA